ACAGGAUGAUCCAGAUUCAUACCUUAACAGGAAGCACUUUUUUCGAUCCAGGCAAGAGUUGUUUGCGAUCAUAAAAGGAAAAUAGGGGAUAUAUUUGUCGGAUACCCAAGAUCCGUACAUGACAGUCGAGUGUUUCGGACAUCACCAUUAUUUGGAACACUUCAAGGAAAAUGUGGAAACCACUUUAUUAUUGGAGACAGUGGUUACCCUUGUUUACAAUAUUGCCUAACUCCAUUUCAAGAUAGAGUUCCACCAGCACCAGAAGCACAGCAUGAAGUAAUUGUUGGACAAGCAGCGCGAGAUGCAGGAAAUGAAAAUCAGGAUGAACAAAUUGGGAUAACAAAAAGAAAUGAAGUAAUGAAUAGCUUAAAUUUCACCCAACCAAGUCUCUAUAUUUUUUAUAUAGGUCCAAAAAAAUAA